CGUCGUAUGGUGGUCUCGAGCAGCAACUCCCUUUCGUUCAGUCGUGUUCUGUCCCCCACACUUCAUUAGAAUCAACUCCAUCCCGCUCCACCGCCGGUCCGCCGAUCACCGCCACGAAAUGGAAACCCAGCCCGAGUCUGACCAGGAAUCUAACCAGACAGAGAGUGCGACAUCGGAGCCGGAAGAUUUCGAAGAAUUCGAAGAAGACGACAACGAUGACAAUGAGGAUGACUUCGAACAGGAAGAGGGAGAAGAGGCCGAAUCCAUGACUGCAGAGGCUCGAAUGCGGAAGAACCGAGCUAAGAUGGAGUCCCUUAUCAUGCGGCUGUCUAAGGAGCAGGUUCCAGUCCGGGUUCAUGAGGUCAUCAUCAAGGGCAACACCAAGACCAAGGGCUCUUUGAUCGAGUCCGAGGUGGAGGCGAUCCUUAGGGACGCCACUAGGUUCCAGCAGCUGUUACGCGCCGCCAGUGUAGCCAACGCGCGGCUGCAGCGCCUUGGUGUUUUUGAUUCGGUUAGUAUUACCCUUGAUGCGGGCCCGCCGGAGGUGCCCGGGACCGCCAACGUUGUCAUUGAGGUUUCUGAGGCCAAGAACCUGCUUAACGGUGAAAUCGGGAUUUAUACGAAACCCGAGGCUAGAUCUUGGUCUCUGGAAGGGUCACUGAAACUGAAAAAUUUGUUUGGUUUUGGAGAUCUAUGGGAUGGUUCAGUGGCUUAUGGCUGGGGUCAAGCAUCGGAGGUUAGUACAGGAGUGUCUCUACCCAAAUUCAAAGUAUUGGCUACACCCAUGUCAGCUAGAAUAUCUCUGCUUUCCCAAGAUUGGUUGAACUUCUCCUCCUAUAGAGAGCAAGUGCUAGGGCUCUCACUUGGACUACUAUCAAGUGGCAACCAUGAUGUAUCUUGUAAUCUCUCUUGGCGUACAUUAAAGGAUCCAUCACAAAUGUCUUCCGACACAGUGAGGAGGCAGCUCGGACAUAAUUUGUUCUCAGCUUUGAAGUAUGCUUUCAAAGUUGACCGCAGAGAUUCACUUAUGAGGCCAACUCGAGGACAUGCUUUUAUUUACACUACUCAAAUUGGUGGUCUUUUUCCUGAUAUUAGGAGCUUACGUCUUAUUCGCCAGGAGUUUGAUCUUCGUUAUGCUAUCCCCCUGGGAUUCUAUCGCGCUGCAUUGAACUUUGGAAUUUCAGGUGGCCUUGUAUUCCCAUGGGGGAGUGGAUACAUGAAUACACCCUCAUAUUUGCCCGAGAGGUUCUUUAUCGGUGGUAAUUCUUCUCCAGUUUGCUCCUUGAGAGGCCCAACAUCUGUUUUAGGUUUCAGGGCUAGGGGGCUAGGUCCUGCUGAGCCUAGAAGACCAGAUAAUUCUGACGGUGGAAAACCUGAUGAUUCUGGAAUGGAUCAUAUAGGCGGUGACCUUGCUCUCACUGCUUUUGCAGACUUGUCAUUUGAUCUCCCUUUGAGGGCUUUAAGAGAAGCUGGUAUCCACGGACACGUGUUUGCUUGCACUGGUAGUCUGAAUAAAUUAACCGAGAAUGCAUACAAAGAUUUUUCUUUCGAGAAACUUAGAGAUUCUUUCCGAAGCUCAGCAGGAUUUGGAAUCAUUGUACCUACCAAGCUAUUUCGCAUGGAGGUCAACUACUGCUACAUUCUGAAACAAAAUGAGCAUGACCAAGGGAAGUCUGGUGUAAAGUUUAGCUUCUCUUCCCCACUUUAACUCCUGUGGUAACGUUUGCUAUCUUCUUGAUAUGUGGCAAUGUUUGCUGACCUCCAAAGAUUUAAUUUAAGACGGAAGUUGAGAAAUUUUCAUUUUCACUGCUUACCUUCUGUUUAGACAGCUCCCAGAAUUGUAAUUUUAACAUCUGAACAGGGUGCAAUUACUUUUACACAGAAUAAGAAUCAAUACCCCAUAUAAGCAUCCGCA